CCUUUCCUAUAAAGGCUGUGAAGAUCAGGCUGUGUGCGGCGUUCACCGACAUCAUCCCACAGCUUUACGAAAUAACGCUCAAUUACUUGAUUUUAAAUUUAUACUUUUCGAUUACAAUAUGCCUGGAUAUUCAGACAGAGACCGCGGUGGCCGUGACAGAGGUUACAGCAAUGGACCCCCACGUUUUGGAGGCAGCAGAAAUGGACCACCUCCAGGGAAGAAGUUUGGCAAUCCAGGUGACCGCCUGAGGAAAAAACACUGGAACCUGGAUGAACUUCCCAAGUUUGAGAAGAACUUUUACAGGGAAAACCAUGACGUCGCUCGACGAUCAAUUCAAGAAGUUGACCACUACAGAAGAACUAAAGAGAUUACAGUGAAGGGAAGAGAAUGUCCCAAACCCAUUGUGAAGUUCACUGAAGCAAAUUUUCCAAACUACGUAAUGGAUGUCAUUAACAAACAGAACUGGACUGAGCCAACACCCAUCCAAUCACAGGGUUGGCCAGUGGCACUUAGUGGUAAAGACAUGGUUGGCAUUGCACAGACCGGAUCUGGGAAAACACUUUCAUACUUGCUCCCUGCUAUUGUUCACAUCAACCAUCAACCAUUCCUGGAGCACGGAGAUGGACCCAUUUGUUUGGUGUUAGCCCCCACCCGUGAACUGGCACAACAAGUCCAGCAGGUGGCGGCAGAGUACGGCAAAGCUUCUCGUCUCAAAUCCACCUGUAUCUACGGAGGAGCUCCCAAAGGGCCACAAAUCCGGGAUCUGGAGAGGGGAGUUGAAAUCUGUAUCGCCACCCCUGGCCGCCUUAUCGAUUUCCUGGAGGUUGGAAAGACAAAUCUGCGCAGGUGCACAUAUCUUGUGCUGGAUGAAGCCGACAGAAUGCUGGACAUGGGUUUCGAACCUCAGAUUAGAAAAAUUGUGGACCAAAUUAGGCCUGAUAGGCAGACCCUGAUGUGGAGCGCUACAUGGCCAAAAGAGGUGCGGCAGCUGGCCGAAGACUUUCUCAAAGAGUAUGUGCAGAUCAACGUUGGUGCUCUACAACUCAGCGCUAAUCACAAUAUCCUACAGAUUGUUGAUGUCUGCAAUGAUGGAGAAAAAGAGGACAAGCUGCUGCGUCUUCUGGAGGAAAUCAUGAGCGAAAAGGAGAACAAGACUAUCAUUUUUGUAGAGACCAAAAGAAGGUGUGAUGAUCUGACCAGGAGGAUGCGCAGGGAUGGGUGGCCUGCAAUGGGUAUCCAUGGAGACAAGAGCCAGCAGGAAAGAGACUGGGUGCUUAAUGAGUUUAAAUACGGCAAAGCUCCCAUCCUCAUUGCCACAGAUGUUGCCUCCAGAGGCCUAGAUGUUGAGGAUGUCAAAUUUGUCAUAAACUAUGACUACCCCAACAAUUCCGAGGACUACAUUCAUCGUAUCGGCCGUACGGCUCGAAGCCAGAAAACUGGGACAGCCUACACUUUCUUUACGCCCAACAACAUGAAACAGGCACACGACCUCGUCUCUGUCCUCCGUGAGGCCAAUCAAGCCAUUAACCCCAAACUCAUCCAGAUGGCAGAAGACAGAGGAGGUCGUUCGCGGGGAGGUCGAGGUGGAGGGUUUAGAGAUGACCGCCGCGAUCGCCACUCUGGCGGUAGGCGGGACUUCAACAGCUACAACCAAGACAACCGCAACGGCGACUCUUACGGACAAAAGAAGGUGUUUAACAGUAAGCCUCAGAACGGAUCUGGAAGUUACAACAGCAGUAACAGUUUUAACCAGGGUUACGGUAAUAAUGGACAGUCAAACUUUAGCGGCGGCCAGUCUGGUGGUUACGGUAAUCAAAGUUACCAGAGCCAGCAGUUUAACGCCAACCAAGGAGGCGUUCAGAACGGCAUGAGCCACCCCCCUCCACAGUUCCCCUUUAACCCCCCACAGAUGCCACAGUCCAUGCCCCCCUUUCCCAUGCCCCCACCUGCGUUCCCACAGUAAAUACAUUUGCUUAUCUUAAUCGUUAACUGUUCUGUUCAUUAUUACUUGUGUAACUUUAUUUUUACGAAGCAGGGUUUAAAUAUACAUGCAUCACACUAGAGCACCAUGAUCUGCUGUGCAGGAUUGUUUUUUUCCUUUUUAGUUGACUUUUCCAUUUAACUUAACGUUAUUUUGUACUAUGUGGACGAAACCACGAAGGAUCUUCACCUGUAAACGUCAGGGGCCAUGUAAGGCCAUUGCAUGGUCUUGAAAUAAAAAUAUUAAAAAUUA